GCCGCCUGGCGGACGUCGGCGCAGGCGCGGCCAUGGCGGCGACCGGCAGCGCGGAGGGCGCGAGCGACAGCCCCGCGCUGUGGGCCGAGGUGCGGGCGCUGCUGCCCCGCGCCGAGGAGGGGCUGACCUUGGCGCUGAGCGGCGAGGUGGAGGACUGCGUCCUGCCCCUGCUGCGGCGGGCCCGCGCGCUGCUCUACGGCGCGGCGGGCCGGCCCGGGGCGGCAACGGCCGCGGCGCUGGAGCGCCUCAGCGACGUCCUGCGUGACUACUCCUGGGAGAAGCUGAACGCGGGGCCAUGGAGGGAGGUCGGCAAGGGCUGGCGCCAGGUCUACGCCUACGGCUGCCUCUUCGGGGCGCUGGCCGAGGUGGCCGCGGGCCGCCCGCUCGCGCGCGCCGUGCGGCUCUGCGACCUGGGGCUGCUCAUGGGCGCCUCCGUCCUGGACAACGUCCUGGCGCGCCUGGUGCGCACGCUGCAGCCGCACCUGCCCCGCGCGGCGCCGCGCGACGGAGCCCGCGCCCAGAGCGUCCGGCCGGAGCCGCCGCCGCCCUCCGCCGUGCAGCCGGAGGAGGUGAUUCCGCACCUUCGCUGUCCUUCGCUGGAGUACUUCAGAGACAACUACCUCGUUCCCCAGCGGCCCGUGGUCCUGGAGGGCGUCAUGGAUCACUGGCCGUGUAUGAAGAAGUGGAGUGUGGACUAUUUCUGUCAAGUCGCAGGCUGCCGCACAGUCCCUGUGGAGUUGGGUGCUCGGUAUACAGAUGAGGAAUGGUCUCAGCAGCUCAUGACUGUCAGUGACUUCAUCAGCCAGUAUGUCGUGGAUGAGAACAAUGUAGGAUACCUUGCCCAGCACCAGCUUUUUGAUCAGAUCCCAGAACUGAAAGAAGAUAUCAGUAUCCCUGACUACUGCUGCCUGGGGGAAGGGGAAGAAGAUGACAUCACCAUUAAUGCCUGGUUUGGUCCAGGAGGCACAAUCUCACCUCUUCAUCAGGAUCCCCAGCAAAAUUUUUUAGCCCAGGUAUUUGGAAGAAAGUAUAUCCGUCUCUAUUCACCACAAGAUUCAGAAAACCUGUACCCCCAUGAAAGCCAAAUUCUUCACAACACUAGUCAGGUUGAUGUGGAAGAUCCAGACUUGGUCAAGUUUCCAAAUUUCACAAAGGCUGCAUUUCAGUCCUGCAUUCUGAUGCCUGGACAGAUUCUGUUUAUUCCAGUUAAAUAUUGGCACUAUGUGCGAUCGCUUGAACUCAGCUUCUCUGUUAGUUUCUGGUGGUCAUAGUUCUGACAUGUAGCCAGCAGCACUGAAAUUAAAUUAAAAAUCAGGCAAGUAGCAUCUCUCUCUCAGGAGAGGUUAGAGGUGGAGCAAAACCAAAAACCAAAAAACUCUUGCUAAAGCAUGGAAAAGUAGUCACAAUGGGUAAGUGGAAAGAUGAUGCUGUAAUUACUUCAUUUUUGUAGAUGUUUCUAAUAACUCCUAAAGAGCAUAUUGUUAGGUCAUUGUCCUGUUUAUGCAUCCAUCAGAAACAGCCUCUGUACGGGCACUGCCAGGGCUCUGCCUGAGCCUCUGUCUGAAUAACCAGGUCAGGGUUAUCUUCUACUUGGAUUUAGUAACACUAAACCCUGGAGUUAGCUAGAGAGAUGUUGCUACCUGAAGGUUCAAUCCAUUAAAAAAUUAAGCUAACACCAAGCAAGGUACUAGUCACUUGCAUGGAAAAAGUUAGUAAUGCCCUGGUUCUGGCCAGGAUAGGGUUCAUUUUUGCAGUAGCCAGGAGGGGCAUGGCCCAGACCCAGAGGUUAUUUUGUACCACCUCAGCCUGCCACUGCUGCAGGCCAGGGGCAGGAAGGGGCUCCUUGGUCUUUUAGUGAUUGAAUCUGUGUGAAUCUCUUUGUGUGAAUCUUUGUCUCUCUUGUACACUGUUAUGGAUAGUGUUGCUAUUACUGCUCAUUUUCUUAUUCCAUUGCUGUUUCCAGUAAAUUGUUCUUAUUGCAAC